ACGCAGUUUUUAAUUUGUCCUUCUUCUCACUUUUACCUUUUAAUACCCUUCACUCCUUUCGCCCCGCCAUCAUGCCGCCCAUCCGCACCUCCCGCAGUCGCAAGCCCCCCGCCAGAGGGCUUCGACGACUUGGAAGACCACCUGCUGGAGUUUAGCAAUAAGAUGAAGGAUGCUGAGAAUGCGCCGACAGAGGGCUUGAAGAAGCACGAGGUGCUAUGGCCUAUCUUCCAGAUCAGCCACCAACGCUCACGAUACAUCUAUGAUCUUUAUUACGAAAAAGAAGUCAUCUCGAAGAAGCUCUACGAUUGGCUGCUGAAGAACAACUACGCUGAUGCCAACUUGAUUGCCAAGUGGAAGAAGCAGGGCUACGAAAAGUUGUGCUGCCUUCGCUGUGUCCAAACAAAGGAGACAAAUUUCAAUUCUACCUGCAUCUGUCGCGUGCCCAAGGCUCAGCUGAAGGAGAACGAGACCAUUCAGUGCGUCAGCUGUGGAUGCAACGGGUGUGCGAGCAGCGACUAG